CAUCAGCCAACGGAAAAGGAGCCUCAAAGUGAUGCUGCCACCGUGGGGAGAGGAGUCGUGACAGACUCGAGGAGACCCGGAGGGGUGUGGAAGCAGCAUAAAGAGGUCCAAGCACGCUCUACUGCGGCCAGCUGCUCCCGCCAGGCCCCGGCGCAGCGCCAGAAAGGGAGAGAGGGCAGGGAAGCCAUCAGCCGGCGCUGCAGCUCCCGUUCCCUCCAUAUAAAGCGGAGCCGGUCCUUUCCCUGCAGAGCGAGUCCAGGGGCGUGGAGGGAAGGGAAUCCUCCCCGGGAGUGAUGUUGCCAUGGCCGAGCCGGCGGAGCAGCCCAGCAACGGCGACAGCGUAGAGGGAGCGGGGCGGCCGGCCGAGGCGAUGGCCGGGGCCGAAGAGGAGCCUGCGAAGGUGGAACAGGAAGAAGGGGGAAGGGAGACCGCCGCCUCGGCCGCCCCCCUUGCAGAGUCCAGCAGCUGGGAGGAGCACGAGUGUCGCAUCUGCUACAACCGCUUUGACCUGGGGCGCCGCGCGCCCAAGCUGCUCGAGUGCCUGCACACCUUCUGCCAGGAGUGCCUCACCCAGCUGCACCUGCGCGCCAUCCUGGCCGCCCAGAGCCAGCGAAGAGGCGCGGCCGAGGGCGGCGGCCACCAGCACGACACCGCCAUCACGUGCCCCCUGUGCAGGCACUGCACGUCCCUGCCGGACUGCCGCGUGCACAGCCUGCCCCUCAACACCAAGCUGGUGGACCACAUCUCGCUGCGCGCUGCUUGGAGCGCCCUCGCCGGAAGCCAGCGCCAGGCGCUUCUGCUUUUGCCGGUGCCCAGGCCCGCCCAGCAGCGCCCCCCGUCGGAGCGCAGCAGCCAAGGGGCGACGCCUCCCUCUUCCGCUGACGGGGCCAGAAGCGCCCUGGCCCAGCAGUGCUCCGGAGGCCUCGGCGGCGGCUGCAGUUGCUCCACCAGCGACCAGAGCUGGAGGCGGAAGGCCGUGAACCUGGGCUGCCUGUGCGUCGUCUUCUGCGUCCUCUCCAUGCUCCUGCUCUUUUUCGCCUGGAUGAACUGGUUGACGGGUUCCAUCUUCAUCGGCGUCGCCGUCCUCCUCCUCUUCGUCUCCACCGUGCCUUUUGCCAAGCACGGUUUCAGACACAGGACCGGGGCAGCAGGGGCGGUGGCGUUACUUGCUCCUGCGGGAACAAACGGCCCUGGAGGGGCGGUGGCGGCCUAUAACGUCACCCCUCGAAGCAGGCCGGCGGCGGACAGGAGAACCCGCUCAUAGAUCGGCGCGGGGUGCCCGCAGUUCUACUCAUAUUUUCUUGCCAGGGCUCUUGUGCAGAAAGGAUCGUCUGGUGGUUUUACCUGUACUGUUGAUGUCAUUUGCUACAAAGGCCCAGGAGCCUGGCCGGGAAAUAAGUUGGCAACCAGUUGUUGCUACUGCUGAAGCGUUCAGCGAGUAUAUAGUGAAGGC